CAAUAAGCUGGUAGGAGGUGCAGUUUCCAAACGUGAGGCUUUCAGCUCUGGUCUACUGCGAACGUGCACGGAAAUAUGCUGCAGCAUCCUCAUACAUUUUGAGUUAUUACAUCUGGAUCAUAAAGGUGUCACCCCCACUGAAAACCUACAGCAGCUGGAUGAAAACGGAAACUCGGACAACCACUCAGAGCCGGUUCAAACCUGACUCAUUCACAGAUCCUCUGCCUUGGCCAGGAACGAAGAAGCAGCGACAAGGCUUUUCCCCACGAUCCUCCCAGCUGGCAGAACCUGACAGUGUGAACUGACACUGACUUGAGCUGAGUGCUCUCUUUCUCUGCCGUGCCAUUCAGGGCCAUGCUGCGUGGAGGAAGCGGGGCUAAUUAAUGAGCUGUGAGUAUGAGGCCUCACUGCUGACAGCCAUUGGAGACAGGAUUAAUAGUCCGGUCAUCUGGCUUGAUGUGUGUGCCUCCAGGCUGCCCCUUGACGAGAGUCCACUGCGGAAUCCACCACGGCGGCCGCCGAGAGACCAGCAGAGAUGCCCACCGAGACGCUGCAGGCAGAUAGCAAACCCGCCAGCCCGGGUGGGGCCUUUGCCUCUGCUGUCCCGCUCCGCAUCCUCAACAAGGGCCCCGAAUACUUCCGCCGCCAGACCGAGCCUAACCCCAAGCGGCUGAGCGCGGUGGAACGGCUUGAAGCUGAUAAGUCAAAGUACGUCAAGAGCCAGGAGGUCAUCAACGCUAAGCAGGAACCUAUCAAGCCACAGGUCCUGGCCAAGCCCCCUGUCUGUCCGGUUCCAGUGAAGAGGAGCGGUGGCGUGGGAUCUGGCCUGAAAGCCUCCAACAACAACGCCAAGUCAGACACCUGCGCUUCCACCACCAAACGGGAGAAUCUCAACCUGGAGAUCUUAAAGAACAUCUUAAAUAGCUCCUCCUCGUCUGAGGGGCCUGCCAAGGGGAUGUCACACAAAGUUGGGGCGCGGAGUUGGGCACCGCACCGCUCGUCUGAGUUGACGGAACCUGGGUGUCGCUCCUUUGCCGGGUCACUCAAGGUACCGUCAUCCGCGCAAGGCCGACACAGUCCUCAGGGAGGCAACCUGAACUUGAGUCGCAGGCUUUUGGAGGAGAGGUCGUAUGAAGUCGAAGGUGAGCGGUCGUCGCUACACACCUCUCACAGCUCCUCGGACAUUCGCCGCAUGUGCAAUGGCAAACCGCUCAGAGCGGCUCGCAGCAGCAGCUCUUCUGCACCGCCGCUGCCACCCAAGCCUAGCGCCAAAGCGUUGGCCGGUUGUGACAAUGCCCCCCGCUCCCCUGAAAGAGAGACAUUGCCCAAUACCUUCACAGAACUGGAGCUGGGCAGUUCUGUGGCCCGCAGACCCUCUCUGCAUCGCUCCAAGUCAGACCUGAGUGACCGCUAUGCUCGCGCCGGUGCGGACGUAGAACGCUUCUUUAACUAUUGUGGGCUGGAUCCCGAGGAGCUGGAGAGUGUGGGCGUGGAGAGCUUCGCCCGCGCGAACUCCGACAUCGUUUCGCUCAACUUCCGUAGUGCCAGCAUGAUCAGCUCGGACUGUGAGCAAUCACGGCACAGCAAUGACGACCUGUCCGAUGAUGAAGACGAUGCAGGUGAGCGGGUUCCCUAUGGCAUUUCUGCUGUGGAGCGGAAUGCGCGGGUUAUUAAGUGGCUGUACAGCAUCAGACAGGCAAGGGAAUCUCAGAAAGUCUCCCAUGUCUAAAAGAGGGAGCAGUUGGACUUGGGUACCUGCUUAUUUUUGCUAUCCAUGCAAUGUCUUUUGAAAUCUUGAAGGAUUAAAUGGCAAAGGCUUUUGAGUUGAUGGCUUUUUUUAGUCGCUUUUCGCAUUCAGUGUUCCUCGUCUGAAUCUGCAUGACUCCUCGGACACUCGACCUCGUCGCGGCCUCCAGAUACUGCAGCUCAUGUAGGAGCCUCUUUAAAGAUGUCUGCGUCGCCACCAUCAAUCUGCAAAGAUCAACCAUGCUUCUUAUUCUUCUUUUAUUUCUGCCCAUGUCUGUCAAGCUGAUGUUAUUAUGAUGUCAGCACCUUUUUCGGUGUUUCUUAUUUCACAUGGGCACACUGAGCCGGGAAGCCAUAUCAGUAUGAAUGCUGAGCUGCGGUGUGUUUACUAUUCUUUUGCUUCUCUUUAUCGCUCACUACAUUUUUUUUACUUGUUCUAAUGAUGGAUAUCAGCUGUAUGUAUAUAAACCUCUGUGAAUAGGCUCAGCAGAAGCAUGUUUUAGUCUAUUCUCGAGAUCUCCACCACCCCACUUCUCAGCCCUGCACUGGUCAUAUUGUUCCGGAAGUAUCAUGACUCCGUUAAGCUUUAUGUGGUUUGUUUUCACUGUCUGUCGUCCAUAAGGUUCCUGUAGGCCGGUCGAUUAUGUUCGUGGUACUGUUGUUUGGAAAGGUGUAAAUGCUGUAGGAAUAUGUAUGUAAGGUCUGCUGUGCUCCUCUAUGCCUCUUGGUCUGUUUGUUACAUUGUGAGGCUGUUUGAGACUUGUUCAUGAUCAAAUCUGUACGACACUGUUGUUGCGAUGACAUGUAUGUUCGGUAUAUUGAAGUUUGAGCUGUUACAUAAAAAUUUCACCACAAAAUGUGUUCACAUUUAGUUCUUUUUCAUUUCAAUAAAUGGCUCGUUUUUCC